AUGGGAAGAACCCAAAUACGGGAAGAACGCAAAUAUGGGAAAAACGCAAAUGUGGGAGGAACGCAAAUAUGGGAAGAACGCAAUUAUUGGAAGAACACAACUAUGGGAAGAACGCAAUUAUGGGAAGAACGCAAUUAUGGGAAGAACGCAAUUAUGGGAAGAACGCAAUUAUGGGAAGAACGCAAUUAUGGGAAGAAGGCAAUUAUGGGAAGAACGCAAUUAUGGGAAAAACGCAAUUAUGGGAAAAACACAAAGACGGGAGAAACGCAAAGACUGGAGAAACGCAAAGACGUGAGAAACGCAAAGACGGUUAAAAUGCAAAGACGGGAAAAACGCAAAGUCGGGAAAAACGCAAAGACGGGAAAAAUGCAAAGACAGGAAAAACGCAAAGACGGGAAAAACGCAAGGACGGGAGAAACGCAAAGACGGGAGAUUCACAAAGACGGGAAAACCGCAAAGACGGGAAAAACGCAAAGACGGGAAAAACGCAAAAGAGGGGAAAAACGCAAAGACGAGAAAAACGCAAGGACGGGAAAUACGCAAAGAUGGAAAAUACGCAAAGACGGGAAGAACGCAAUGACGGGAAAAACGCAAAGACGGGAAAAACGCAAAUAUGGGACAAACGCAAAUACGGGACAAACGCAAAUGUGGAGAAGACAAAUUCAGGGACACAACAUGACUAGGAGAGGGUAA